AUGAGCAAAGUUAUGGAAACACCAUCACACACCACUUUUUACGGCCAAGAUAUUGUCAGUUCCUCGAAUGUAGAACAAAUUGGCUUGCCUUCAAAGAAAAAUCUACACCAGCUGAAGCCAGAAAAAUUGCAAACCCUGGAACAACAACAACAAAUGUUCAACACGAAAACCACCAAUUCUCAAACACUGAAACAAACAAACAAUUUGACACUGAUCAACGGUAUUGAGACUCCAUCCUCUCAACAGUUUCAAUCACUUUCACAAAACAAAAACAGGGGAACAUAUCCCAUGGAUUAUUCUAAUUAUUAUUCAACGCAGACAGGGUAUCCAGUAAUGCAAAAUGUAGAGUUUUUAAACUCAUCAGUGCCCCCUGCUAACACUGGGUAUACAGAUUAUCUGACCAAUUUGAAUCUGGUGGUAAGCCCAAUAGCACAAACAGCUAAUCAAGAAUUAUCAAUUUCUGGAUUGAAGCAACCACGGCAAUACACUCCCCCGCAUGCCCAAUACACCCAACCAGUAUAUUCACAACAGAACCCCUACCUGAUUUUCCAACAGCAAGAUUUUUAUGCAUCGAAUUUAGGGAACAAAUCACGCAAUAGUCAUCAGCAGCAACAGCAAAAGUAUUCUGCAAGAAAUGGGCAUCAAACGUUUAGCUCCACACCACUGCAAACAUUGUAUCAGGGAGAAAAGAUUGCAUUGGAAAGUGAUGAGAAUGAUCCGUGUUCACACCAGACCCAACAACUGCAACUACAACUACAACAACAGCAGCUGCAACAGUUAUUAAAUCAGGCAUUUGCCAACCCCAGCCCAAUGCUGUACACACAAGCGACCCUUCCUCAAUCCUCACUUUCGUACAGUUCACCCUCAAUUCAGCUGAACUAUUAUCAAGUUUAUGCUGCACAGAGGCAGUACCAACAGCAGCAGCUGUCCAAACCCAAAACACAAGUAACACUUUCUGCCAGGAACCAACUGAUAUCUUCCACAAUUACAAAUAAAUCCCGAAACUCAUCAACUUUCUCGAAUAAGGAAGAGCAACCAGGAUCUAGGGCCACUUCAAUCAGCAGCUGUAUACCGCAAACAGAGCCCCCUUUAAAUAUUGUAAAACCUCGUAUUGCCACUCGCAGAUGGGAAGAGGAACGGACAAACUGCUAUCAGGUUCGGGUGAACGAAAUUUUGGUUUCGCGAAGAGAGGAUAAUAAUUAUAUUAAUUGUACCAAAUUAUUGAAUGUUACCGGUAUGUCUCGAGGCAAGAGGGAUGGCAUAUUAAAGACAGAGAAGGUUAAAGAUGUUGUCAAGGUUGGAACAAUGAACUUGAAGGGAGUUUGGGUUCCAUUUGAUCGUGCUUACGAGAUUGCUCGCAAUGAAGGUGUUGAUGAACUUUUACAACCGUUAUUUGUGAGAAACAUCAAGGAAUAUUUUCUUACUGAGGGGUACAAGUUGAAGAAUGAAAACGAGUCGGAAGAGCUAAAACCACGAAAGAUGAAAGGUCAGGAUAAAUCAAAUCUCAAAAUAAUGGAUGUAUCAAGUAGUAUCUAUGAAAAAAGCACAAGUUGUCCAACUGGUGGUUAUGCUACUUCCUUACCCUCAAGUGAAUCCAAGGAGUACGAUAAUUGA